AUGGCUGACACGUCCAGUUCCAAUUCCCCGGUUUCUGCGACUUGCGCUUUAUGGAUGGCCUCCUCCGAAGUUGAUCAGAAGGCCCUGGGCAAUUUCGCAGCUGCCAUGAGCCAUGAAAGCCCAUACCUUUCGGCAAUGUUAUACAAGAUUCUUGGUGUGUCUGUCAUGCUAUCGAAAAAGCUGCUCCGAGCCCGCAAACUCCGGCGGCUAGAUACGACACGCGAAACGAGAUCGCUUCAGCUGUACCACCACAUCAUAUGGCUCUCUCGUGAGGGCUUGCUAAUAUUAGAAGGUGCCAUUCUACCAAUGGUGGACAUGUCUGUGGAACUGAAAGUCCUUUCAUACAAACUGCGCGCCUCAUUUUACCACAUUUUUGUGCUGUUUCACAAUCGUCCUGUCGUCCAAAACGAUGCUGAGCCUCCAGCUCGCUUCAAGCAUGACUCAAUAUACGGGUCAGAUUCCCUGACAGCUUUGGGUGCACCCGAUCCUCUCCAUCCAAAAUCACUUUUCACGUCCCGACCCCCAGGGCUAUCGCCAGUCCAACCAGUCCAACCACCCCAACCAGCCUCCUCCUUUUUGCUCCCACCACUGGACUACACUGCCACAGCAACAGCCUGCUUCAAUCACGCUGCAACCCUAUCCGACAAGCUUCUCCCAGGCUCUCACCCACUCCGCCUAUCCGUCAAACUCGAAUACGCCGCCUAUCUCUACGACUGCCUCCAAGACCCAAUCGCCUGCCGCCGUCUAGCAAAACAAGCAAUCGCAGACGUCUACAACGCCCAAGAAGGAAUGGAUGACGAAGCCUUCGAGGACGCAGCAGAGAUCGUUGGCGUCCUAGGAAAGAUGGUCAAGCGCGGCGGCAAACCUGGCAGCAGUACCGCCGCCAGCAGCGUAUCACGCGGCGGCCAGUCGCGCAGCCAAAGCAGAAGCAGUCGCAGCCCCAGCCAUCUCGAUACGAGCGUUCCUACCACAGUAUCUCCCGUUCCAGUUACGAAAUCCACGCCCGUUCCUCCAUCCGUGUCUGGGAUGGAGCCCGCAGUCCCAACUGCGAACAUGAUGAAUCCGAUUUGA